UAAGCCUGACGUAACAAGCAGUGAAGCAGCUCGCGGCAGCGCUCGGUUGAGUCGGCUCUGAGGCUCUCUCAGCGCGUAGUCAGUGUUUCGGUAAGCUGAGGCAAGUUGUAAGGAUGGCGCUGUCUUGGUCCAUCUCUCUCCGCCACGUUCAACGCCUUAUUACGAGAACUGCCAUUCUGCCAGCCAUAACACGGGCACAGUACAGCGACAAAGGAGACAUGCACCCUGCCCCUCCUGAAAUCCAGGAGCCCACAAUCCCCCCAUAUGAGGAGAAGGUUGGAGAGCCACUGCACCUCAAGCGAGCCAGUACUUAUUCCGGGCAGGCUGUGGUGGACAUGAAAUCCUCACCCAUCACUUCAGUCCAUGCAGAGCCUGGCAUACCCCAUCUAAUCAACUACAGAAGAGAGGUGCUGUGCCAACACUUCUACCACAUCAGGAGCCUGUCAUCCUCCCACCUACUCUAUGUCCUCUACACUAACUCAGGAAUGGGUGAACAGACACCUCACUGGCACCCUUGAGUCAGGCAGCCACUUUUGGUAAGGGCCCUGCUCGUCCACAUUACACCCUGGGUCUACCCUUACUUGUCCCUCAGCCCACCAGACCACACUCACCUAUACCACCUUGGCUGAACAUCUCCCACAUGGUCUCAUUACAGCAAGUCCUUGGUCUUCCAUCCAAGUCCACACUCUCCUCAUCGGCAGCAUCCCUCUUCCUGCAGAUGGAGGACACACUACCAUUAUCAUCAGAAUUUAUUUACCAAUGGUUCCCAUUCCCCAUCAUCCCCAGCCACAUCAGUAGCCUUCUUCAUUCCUGCCACCUCUACCUGCAGGACAUGGGGAGAUUCCCACCAGGGACAGACAUGUGACAGCAGAGCUGUAUGCCAUCCAGCAGGCCCUUUCACACCUCCCACCCCAGAGGCAAGGCAGUGUACACUGAUUCCCUCUCAUCCCUCCAUCUUCUGCUCUUCCACCAUCCAAUCAACUUUGACGACCCUCAUCUACUGCAUACAGCAAGCCAUCCUCUACCUCGCUAGGGCUGGGAGAUAACCCUUCAGUGGGUUCCCUUCCACUUAGGUGUUUGCAGUAACAAGAUCACCAACAUCGCAGCCAAGAUGGCCCUCUCCACAAUGACCAUUACGUCACUCUCUCUCCCCCUCUCCAUCGCCAAGCACCUCAUUUCACAUGUCUACCACUCAGCCUUGGACAAUGUGCUUGGUGAUGCCCUGCACAUCACCUCCAUGGGCCAGUACAAGACUCUUCCCUGCAGCCUUUGAUAUGGCAAUGGUCCCACGUCUUGGAUAUCGCCAUCACCCACCUCUGCCUGGGCCACACAACACUCAUAGCUCACUUGCACCGCCUGCAUCUGUCCCCUGAUCCCUUCUGCCCCUGGUGUAGGACUGUCCCUGAGACCAUCAAGCACCUCUUGCUCCACUGCUUGCAUUUCCACUCUCCCACUGCACUUCACUGCAUUCCUGGCAGUCUCAGGUGUUCACCUCUCACAUCAACCAGCUGUCCUCCACCUCACCUGUGCCUUCCUGAGGAAGACCAGCCAGCUGCCACACCUGUGAUACCCUCACAGGACUACUCCUGGGCUCAUAAGGAUCACUAGAUCUUCACAGCCCCAACAACAACAACAACAAAAUCCAUCAUGCAUGUUAUAUCACUCAUUGACUCCUUAUGGAGUAAUACGUGGUAUUCACAAGACAUUUUGGAGUAAUUAGCUGGCACCUGGUUGCCUUUUCUGUGCAAAGUAUUAUACACUCAGAGGCAUAGGUAUCAAGAGGUGCCACUUCCUUCAUUGUUGCCAGGUUUUCCUAAUGCCCUCCUGGCUCACAGUCAUCACUGAACUGAAGUUGCUGCUUCACCUUCCCCUUCUUUCUGCCUGCAACUCGCUCAUACUCUUUGUCACCUAUUUCCAUAGACUAGAUGAUGUUUGUGUCAGUCCUGAACAGGCAUGUCAUCAAGUUAGUUUCUCUGCCAAAUUUAUGUUCUGAAGUCAUCAUCUGAGCCAUAAAUGUCACUUGAAAAUGGCUAGGGUCUUUCACUUUUGAGCAUUUGCUAGACAAUUUUCCAUGCAAAGAUUCAUUCAGGGGCAGGCACAUUGCACAGGACUGCAUGCAGCUGCAGCUGUUGCAGACAACUGUCAUGUCUGUCGAAGUUGACAAAUGUAGAGUGAAUGUGACAGUGCCCCUAAGGCCCCUUCUGGGACAUUUCAGCUGUGCUACAAUUGCCUGCAGUGGAGAAGAGAUAAUGAAUUUCCCACAUUUCAUCACAGUUUGUGGAAUAUUAACUUUCAACAAAUCAAACAAUUUCUUGCAGGAAGAUAUAGGGGGUGAAAUUGAAGUUCUUGCUGGUGUAGAAGUCAAUCCUGAGAUAGAUGUUAAGGCAGAAGCAUAAGGAAGUGGUGGAGUUGAGGUGAUGAUGGUGACACUUAGCAAGCAAGGUGAGAGAGAGAUGGCAGCAAGCACAGGACAGUCAGCUGGGUGCCAGACACAUAAGGUGGUGGAGGCAGGCUGACUUUUUUUUUCUUCUCCACUGCUUUCUUCAGGUUCUUCAACCUUAUCUUGUUAAUCCUCGAUAUCUUCUUCAUAAUUCUGAUUGGAAAAAAGAGGUCUGUAGAUGCAAGUAUAGUAAGAGCAGAGAGAUAACAUUCAUAACUUCCCUCUGUCUGGCAUAUCUGUUACAGUCUGAAGGGGUAUAUGCUACUUAUAACUUUGGUAAAGUUCCCAGUUGUCUAGAGAUGCCAGUGAAUACUAUGUACAGAGAAUAUUUCACUGUUUUAUCAGUGAUAGUAAAGCAAUAUCCAAUGCUUGCUCACUGGGCAGUGGAAGAGUGUGAUAUCACAGGAGAGGUGAGAAUGGAAAGGGCCAUAACAUUUUUUUUUUUUUUUUUUUUUUUUUUUUUUUUGUGAAUUUCGCAAAGAAACUUGGUCAAUGACCAAGAUAAACUGAUGCAAUCUUUUUUUUUUUUUUUUGUCAACUUCAUUUUUGCAGACAGAUCCCUUAAUACCACUUAAAUGUAUAGAGGCAGUGUAUACCUUCAUGAUGGACAGCUGGUGGUAGUGCUUCUGAUUUCUUGUGUGCUUGAAGGCACCUCAUUUAAAUAAGAUAGAUUUGAAAUUUGAGAUUAUUAAUGCUUUUUAGUACUUACAAAAUACUGUAAUUGAUAAAUAUUUAGCAGAAAAAAAAAAACAAUAAAAAUCUUGAGUCCUAAAUAUGUGGCAGUAACAAUGUGUGUUUGGGUUUACAAACUCAGAUAAGUUCUCGUAAUUUGCUUGGUCCAGCUCACAAUGAACACACUAUAGUUUGCCUUGCUGUGUAUCUCCACUAUUCAUAUCAAGUGUUUAGCAAAGUUGAUGGAACAUUACUGC